AUGUCGGCAACCAAGAAGCGUGGUUACAUUCAAGGUCAAAUCACCAAGUUGAGGAACUCAUUGGAUGGCAUCACAGACAUUCAGCUGAAAAAUCCCGAAUUCCUCAUCGAACUCAGAGCAAAAUUGGACUACAUUGAAAAUCAAAGAUGCAACUACUUUGAGAUUCAUGAGACAAUUAUUAGUGAAUUGACUAACGAUGACGCAAUUGCCAAGGAGGAGAAGACACUCAGUCAUUUUGUGGAUUCUUGUGACAAUCUUGAGAUUGAGAUUCGCAUGUUCAUCCGCAAAUGCAAGUCAAAUACAGAAGCUGGCGGUACAGAUAGUGAGAUGAUCUCGUUGGUCGACAAGAUGAUCAGUAGGCACAGUCAAGAUAUGGCGAAAUUGAUGAAGGAUCAUGACAGACAGCUCAAUCAACUCACCAAAUCGGAAGUCAAGAGUAACAUCAAAUUGUCUCAACUCUCGUUGAAACCAUUCAAUGGAGAAUAUACUGAGUGGCCAUCAUUUCACGCCUCCUUCAGUCAUUCUGUCCAUAACAACAAGGAGCUGCAUGACAUAGACAAGUAUCAAUACCUCUUGAAUUCUUUGACUGGAGAAGCAAGAUCCGUCAUCAAGGAACUUCCCGUGUCAGAACAAAACUAUCAAGUCGCAUGGGAGUUGCUCGUCAAGCGAUUCAACAAGCCCAAGAGCAUCCUUAAGGAGCAUUUCACUCGCUUCUUUACUCAGCCAGAGCUCAAGGUAGCGGACGUGAGCAAGCUGCGAAAGCUUCAUAGCAUUUAUGAGGAAUCAAUUCGCGGAGCAGAACAGAUGGGGGCGACCAACAAGGACGCCUGGUUGAUCUUUUUCGCCACACAAACCUUGGAUCCUGACACAAAGGAGCUUUGGUCUCGUGAGAAGACAAAAGGAGAUCUUCCAACCUGGCAAGAGUUCAGCGACUUCCUCUCAGAUCGCUGUGAUGCACUGGAGAGCCUUUCCAAGCCAAAGGUCAAUUCCGGCAGUUCAUCCCAGCCAGCUCCUCUCCCAAUCCACCUCACGACCCAAUCCACCACCAAACAGCAGAAGCAAUCAUCAUUCUGCAACACCAACAAUGACGUAUGCAAGAUCUGCAAGGCAGCUGUGCACCACGCAUGGAGAUGUGACAAGUUUUUGGCCAAAUCAGCAUCCCAGAGACUCAAGACACUUCUCCAACUUCAGAUGUGUACGAAUUGUCUCAGUCCACUUCAUACUAAUUGUGAGCGAGGUUCAUGUCGUGUUUGUCACCAACACCACAACACCAUGAUUCAUGAUGCCUUUGAUGAGAAGGUAUCCGCUCAAGAGCCACAGUCAGCUCCCAAACCAUCCACAUCAGUGGACAAGCCCAACCAUUCAGAGGCUCAAAAAGCGUCACAGUCAACGCAAAACAAAUCAUCCUUGGCUACUGUGGACACUCAGUCACUCAACGAGACAACAAGCAGCUCGGACAGCCAGUCGUUCAUGACAAGGAUCACAAAAAACACCCUGCUUCCAACUGUACAGGUUUUCGCAAGAGGACCGAAUGGGAAACUCCACAGAUGUCGUGCGUUGCUGGACUCAGGCAGCCAGGUCAACUUCGUCACAGCGAGAUUUGUGGACAAACUCAAACUUCCCAAAUGUCAGGGAGAAGCACGACAAAUCUCAGGCGUCAAUACAGCCUUCACAAAUGUCAAUCAGACAGCAGACAUCAACAUUUCAUCUACGGACGAACAAUUCCAAAUGACAACCAAUUUCAUGAUCGUCCCCAAGGUCGUGGAUGAAAUGCCAACAGACUACAUCGAGCUCAAUUGGAAGAUCCCUGACCACAUCACAUUGGCAGACCCACAGUACAUGAUUCCGGGAAGAAUAGAUCUCCUUCUGGGUGCUGAAUUCGAUGCCCGAGCGAGGCGCUCAGGCAAUCUUCAAGACAAUUCUCCAGCCCUGUUGGAGACUGCCUUCGGCUGGGUAGUUCAGGGUGCCUGA